AUAGCAUCAGUGUCUAGCAUCACUAAAAACCACAUAUGAACAACUCAUCAGAAAAUGUUUAUUUUUAUCAGUUGAAUAAAACUUUCUUUGUUUACGUAUUAAAGUAAUAAACUAAAAAGCAGCGUUCAACAUGAAAUCGAAUCAAAUGUCACCUGUAUUAAAGUCCAUACUGGAGAAAGAUGUUAAGCUGACAGAUCGCUUUGUUACUUUUCUGCUUCAGUUUGCAUCGUUCAAAUCUCUCAAGAUACACUGCAAAUUCCUAGAAGUGUCUUGCGAUGGAAUUGCUUGGCUUUGUACGUGGAUUGCCUUCAUAUGGCUGUUGAAUUCCAGAGAUCUAUAUCAAAUGCAAGUCAAUAUGCUGAUCGGCCUACUCUUGGACAUUCUUAUUGUGGCUGUGUUAAAGGCAUUCGUGCGCAGACGACGACCGGUGGCUGCUACCGAUAUGUUAACAAUUGGUCCUGAUAAAUUCAGUUUUCCCUCAGGACACGCAUCCAGAGCUUUUUAUGUGCUAAUCUUUUUCACCAAACUUCACUCGCUACCAAUUAUUUUCUGGAUGCCAAUUACUGCAUGGGCUGUAAGCGUUGUGCUUUCUAGACUCAUAUUAAAACGCCAUUAUAUUUUGGAUGUUUGCGCUGGCGCAUUAAUCGGAGUUAUUGAAGCUCUAUUUAUCGGACUCAUCUGGCUAAGUGAAGAUUCUGCCGCUUCCAUCGUUGGUUUUUUAGCUGAAGAUAAAGCUUUUAGCGAACCAAAUUAAAUUCAAUCAAAGUCAAAACGUCGCUUCAAAUUGUACAUAAAUCGCAGUGUAGUAACAAGCAUUUGAAGAGAUUAUUAUAAUAAUUAUUUGUUGAGUUGUUUCAAGAUAAAAAAAACCUCCAAUAUGUCUGUUUCCAUUCUUUUUAUAGUCCCUUUAAUUUAAUAAAUUCAACAUAAUGAUUGUCAAUUGGUCCAAAGA